AUGGCACACGAGGGUUCGAGGCAGGCCCGAGACCGCGGGAUGACCCGAUCUAAGGCUGAAAAAACACGACCACCCACCGUGCCGGUGCCGCAGGUGGAUAUCGUGCCUGGGCGGCUCAAUGAGGCCGAGUGGAUCGCGCUCACAGCUCUGGAGGAGGGCGAGGACGUGGUGGGGGACAUCUUGGCCGAUUUACUGACACGAGUCCUGGACUCUGCCUUCAAAGUCUACUUGACCCAGCAGUGUAUUCCAUUUACCAUCAGCCAGGCCCGGGAAGCCAUGCUGCAGAUUACUGAGUGGCGCUUCCUAGCCCGGGACGCGGGUGAAUCUGCAGUGGCCAAGGACCACACCUGGGGCGAGGACAAGGAACCUUUGGCUUGCACCACCGACACGUGGGCUCAGGGCUCGGUGCCUGUGCUGCAUGCGCCGGCCUCCGACUGUCUGGAGAACUUCCAAGACCAAGACCCUGGGAAUCCGGACCAGUUACCUUUGGGAAGAUCGAGUUUGAGUAGAGGCUCCCAGGAGCGGACAGAAUCUUCGGAGCCUUCUGCAGUGCUGAGAGUCACCCCGGAUCUCCAUCCCAGCCUGUGCCAGGAGCUGGCUCAGGAAUCAGGACCUGGAGGUACUUUGGAAGAACUCGACGGCCAGGAGAGAAGCCAUCUCUUGGCUGAAUCCUUGAACGCGAGUUCGUCGGCGGAGAUAGUGCGUGUUGCAAGCCCUCACCCUUCCCAGGAGUUGUUCGAGGUAGCCAGCUCCCCAGUACAAACCCUCAGCCCCCACUUGUCGCUCGGAGAUCUCUACUAUUGUGUGCCCCAACCAGACGCGGCAGCGGACCCGCUGAAGUGCAAGACCGAGGGGAUGCCCCACACCGCCUCGGGCGUGUCAGUGUCCUUGCCUUCUGUGGGCAGCUCCGCCCAGCUCAGCCCCUCAGCUCCCCCUCAUUCGCAGCACCUUGGAUGCUUGGAUGCAUGGUUGAGCUCGUCUCAUUACAGGAGGGGCCGCAAGUUGGCCAUGCGGCGGUUGGACCCUGCACGGCUUCCCCGACAUUGGGUGCGCCCCCUGGCAGAGAUCUUGAUUCCUGAUUCUGAGACUCACCCCUUGGAAGCCUACUAUGGGCACCAGCGGGGUAAAAAGAACCAGACCCAGACAGUACCCCAAGUCCCCCGCCCUCGUGCAGACCCCAAGUUCCAUGUCUCCCCAGCAGCGUUCUUAACUCUCCAGCCUGGCUUUCCUUUCCGUGCUUUGGACACAGACCCCAGACUCCAAUAUCCCAGCUUAAGCUUGGGCCAACCUUCACCAUCCUUUGGGGCAAAGCUGCCAUUCCCCAGGCCCGGGCUUCGCUUCCCUAUGCAACCAUUGUUUCCUGAAGUCCCUUGCAGUUCCAGCCCCAAACUAUGGCCCAGGGCCAAGUGGCCCAGGGGAUGGGAGGGGGAGGCUGAUCUGCUGGGAGAGCUGUGGGCUGGCCGUACUCGAGUGUGUCCACAGGGCCUGGAACCUGCUGACAAGGAAGGUCAGGAUUCUGGAGCCCAAACUGUGCCCCGGGUCCUUGAGGCCACGUCCCAGGUGCUGUGGAAGCCCAUGAUUCUGUCCGAAGCCAUGAAGCUGGCUCCUGGUGUAAGCAUGUGGAGCCGGAACAGCCAGGUGCUGCUUAGCUCUGCUGUGUCCCAGGAGGAGGUAAAAGGAGGUACCACUCCUCCAUCUGAGCAGUACCCCAUCCAGACAGGGGCACCAUCACCCCAGGUGACUGGUGCACAAGUAAUGAAGAGCACAGCCCCCAAAGUAUGGUUGGUCCCCUCCAAACUCAUGCCCCAUUCUGGAUCCUGA